CCAAUUUUGGGGUACAAAUCCCCAAUUUUGGGGUACAAACCCCGUUUUUGGCAGCCCCCAACCCCUUUUCCCUUUCCAGGGCAUCGCCGUCCAUGGAGGAGGAGGAGAAGCCCCCCCGGGGGGGGGAGGACCCGGCGGGGCCGGGCGAGGAGGGGGGGGGGGGACCCGGGGGAGCCCCCCCAGAACCUGAGGGGUCCCUGCGGCCCAGCCAGGGGCUACUGAAGGCCCUGCAGCGCCUGGUGAGCGGCGCCUUCACCUGGGGACAAGAGCCCCCCCUGAAGCCCCCACGGCAGCGCUGGUGUUGGGGACCCCGGCCUGAGGGCGGCCCGGUUUGGGAGCCCAUGGGGGGCCCGGGGGGGGCCCUGGAGCAGCUGCAGCUCAGCAGCAGCGAGGGCUCCCCCGAGGACGAGGAGCUGGAGUUGGUGGCCGAGGUUCGCGUGGCCGACCUGGGGGGGCUGGCGGCCGCCUCGGGGCUCCUGCGCAGGGAACGGCCCUGGAGGGCCCCCAAAGCAGGUCACCUCCCCGGCUCCUCCUCCCGUCGCUGGCGCGUCCCUGGGGGUCCCCCAUCCCCCCCAGGCCCCCCCGCCGGGACCCCCCCCGCUCCUCCCCUCCCCCACCGGACCCGCCGGGCCCCUCCCCCCACCCCGGGCCGGCCCCGCCGCCCCCGAGGCCCCCGAGCGGCCGCUCCCGGGGGGGGGGCGCCGGGGGGGCCCCAGCAGCAGCAGCAGCAGCAGCAGCGCCCCCCACAGCCCCCCCCCACCAGCCGGGACGAGCCCGGCCGCACCCACCCCCCGGAAAAAGCCGAUUCUUCCUCCUCUUCCUCCUCCUCCUCCUCUUCUUCCUCCUCCCGCUCUUCCUCCUCGUCCGCCUCCUCUUCCUCGGGCCCCCCCGGCCCCGUCUCGGCCCGGCCCCGCUCUCCUUCCCUGGAUAUUUAUGAUCCUUUCCACCCCACCGACGAGGAGAACCCGGGUUUGGGGGGCGGCACAGGAGGAGGAGGAGGAGGAGCCCCCCCGGAUUUUGGUUACGGCAGCGGCGCCGCCUCCUCUUCCUCGCCCGGCAAAGAGGCCGAAGGCCGGCAGGACCAGAAGUACGACCCCUUCGACCCCACGGGCUCCAACCCCAGCUCGUCCCGCAGCAGCCCCAGCCCCGAGGAGGAGGAGGAGGAAGAGGAGGAAGAGGAAGAGGAAGAAGAGGAGGAGGAGGAGGAGGAAGAGGAGGAGGAGGAAGAGGAGGAGGAAGAGGCGCCGGCGCUGCUGCCGGACGUUUCCCACAGCAUCAGCCGCAUCUCGGAGACCUUGGCCGGCAUCUACGACGACAACAGCCUGAGCCAGGACUUCGAGAAAGAUCCGGAACCCCCAAAGACGCCUCCAAACCCUCCCGGCGCCGACUCCACCCUGCCCGAGGAGGAGGAGGAGGAGGAUGAAGACGAGGAGGAGGAGGAGGAGGAGCGCGAGGAAGGCUCCGAAAUGCGGCGCGCCGUGGCCGAGCCGCGCCGCCGCGUCUUCGUGGUGGAUCUGGGCGGCAAAGGCCGCGCCGAGAGCGAGGCUCACCCCAAAUUCGACGGCAAGCUCUCCUUGGAGGUGGUGACCCCCGGCAACCCCAAAGCGCCCCAAAAUCCGGCGGCGCCGCCCCGCAACCGCGCGGCGCCACCCCAAAGCCCUCCCGGCACCGCGGGGCGCCGCGAGUGGGGCACGCCGGGCGACUCGGAGAUCGAGGAGGGAGAGAUCGUGCAGCCGGAGGAGGAGAGGUUCAGCCCCUUGAGGAUUUUCCGUGGCAGUGGCGGUGGUGGCGGCGGCGGUGGUGGCACCACCGGGACCGGCGCCGGGCGCCGCCCGAGGCCGCGCGCCGGAGCCGCGAGCGCCGCGUCUCCCCGAGGAUCCUCAGCCAGCGUCGCCUCCGCGCGCCGCCGUCGCCGCGCUCGCCCUCAGCCACGUCCAGGAAAAAAAUCCAAACGGUCCCGGGAACGCGGCGGCUCCGGGAGCGCCUGGGUCAGCGCCAAAAAAGCUCCGGAGCCGGCGCCGAAAUCCAAAGAGCGGCACCGGCGCCGCGGGUCCAGGUCGCGCUCGCGCCGGCGCUCGUGGUCGCGGCGCUCGAGGUCCAGGGAGAAACGGCGCCGGCGUCGCUCGGGCAGCUCCGGGCGCUCCCGGCACAAAGAGAAACACCGCGGGGAGAAGAAGAAGAAAAAACAGCGCUCGAGGUCCCGGGAACGCCGCGGGUCCCGCAGGGACGGCGGCGACGGAAAGGCGGCCGAGAAGGGCGAGGCGUCGCGGCGGCGCGUGGUGCCGCCCUCGGUGCAGGAGCUCAACGACUCGGAUCUUUUUGCCAUCAAGAGAACCAUCACGGUGAACCGGCGCGCGGCCACGCCCGAGCCCAAACGCGAGGUUCUCUACGAUUCCGAAGGGCUGAGCUUUGAGGGGUUCUCGGACCGCGAGCACGCCGAGUUCCCGGCGAGGAAAACCGAGGUGAGGCCGGCGGCGGAAGGCGGGAAGAAGGAGAAGGAGAGGAAGCGGAGCCGGCCCGAGGAGAGGCCGCCGGGGAGGGAGAAAUACAAGAAGAAAUUUAAAGAUUACGCCGAGCCCGCCGCGGCGGAGAGCGGGAAAAGCAAAGAGAAGCCACGGGAGAAAAGCGGCAGGAAAGGAAAAAACGGGAGGCGGGCACAAGGAAGGGGCGGAAACGGCGGCGCCGAAAGCGCCCGCGGCGGUGCCGAGGAAGGUGAAGCUUCAGUCCAAGGUGUCGGUGUUGAUCCGCGAGGGCGUCAGCUCCACCACGACCACCAAAGAUGGAGGGGGCGGCGGCGGGGCCGGAAUCGGGGUGAAAUUCGCCCGCGACGCCGAGAGCCGCGCGGCGUUCCUGAAAGCCGAGGAGAAAACGGAGAAAGGGACCCCCAAAAACGACGGGGGGCAAACCCGCGACGGGGGCGUGAAACCCCGCAAGGUGAAACCCCCAAAUCAAGGGCGGGGGUGAAGAAAGUCAAAGUCAAAGCCAAGGGCGAGGCGAGGAAGAAGAGGAAGACCAAGGUGAAGAGCGGCGGCGCUUUGAAGAAAUCCAAAGCCGACAGCCAGAGCGCCGCCACCCCCCCUCUCCGUUUGCCCCCCAAACCCGACCCCGCCUGGUCGGGCUCCGAGAAAUCCCCCGGGGGGACCCCGAAACCUCCCAGCCCCCCGUCCCCGGCCGCGGCCGUCACCCCGAAAUCCGCCCCGGCCUCCCAGACCGCCCCGGCCGAGCGCGAGCUGACGCCGGACUCGCAGACCGUGGACAGCAGCUGCAACCCGGACGUGUCCUUCCUCCCCGAGGAGGGCGCGGCGGCGCCGGCCCAGGCCGGGGGCGCCGAGGGCCCGGGGGCCGGGGACCCUCCCGGAGGGGACCCCGAGGCCGACAGCCGCAGCGAGGCCAAGGAGGAGCCGGGCAGGGCCACGGCGGCGGCGGCACCGGGAGCGGCACCGGGAGCGGCGGCAACGGCAACGGCGGCCGGGGCAUGGAGCCUGCAGGGCGGCGUGGACUGCGCCACCAGCGGCGUGCUGGCAC